UCGGGAGAAGUGAGGACCGAGAAAUAGCAGAAGUAGGAGAGUUCGAGCGAGCGUCAUGUCUCUUGGUGCACGCCCCCCCACACACACACACACACACACACACUGGGAGAGGAAACUCUAUCAGAAGUGAUAAACAAGUGAGUGUGAGGUACCAACUUGCACGAGAGAGAAGAGAAAGAAAGAAGAGAGAAGAGUGUGGACGGAACUAAAAUAGGUUAAGAAGGAAAAGAGAGAGAGAGAUCUCUGAGAGGAGGAGUGUAGCUGUGAGCCGGCACUGACACUUCUGGUGGAGAUCACAUGGGCCGAUGUCACCUCUCGCUGUAUUUUCCCUCCAAGCACUGGAAAUGAGGAGAGACAUGUCUACACCCUUAAAAACGAGGACUGGAUACCAGACCACGACGAGAGCAUCCUAAGGACCACACUGACUCUGGAUGACAACCUGCUUCAUUUUUUAUUUUUAUUUUUGUAAAAAUGCUUGGCUUCCUUUUGCACCAUCACAAGAGACGAGUUUGGAUCAUAUGCUUGGAUUCACAGAGGAAAUGGGCGCCUUGAGGAGCUCAACCAUUAACGUUCCACAAUGACCUCAGGGUGAGCAAAUAAGACUGACUAAUCGACUUUCUUUGGAGCUUUGGGGAAAUCCUACAGAUCUGGACAAAUGAGAGGAAAAUGAAUGAUACCACAUGUGAAAACGAAACGACACAGAGAGCUAUUCGAGAAUACCAGCAUUACACCUAUGCGGUCAUCUACACUGUAAUCCUGGUCCCUGGGUUGAUCAGCAACGUCCUGGCGCUCUGGGUCUUCCAUGCCUACGUGAAAGAGACGAAGAAGGCUGUGAUCUUCAUGAUCAACCUGGCCAUCGCCGACCUGCUGCAGGUGCUUUCCUUACCUUUGCGUAUUUACUACUACCUGAACAAGUCCUGGCCUUUCGGACACUCCCUCUGCAUGUUUUGCUUCUACCUGAAGUAUGUGAACAUGUACGCCAGCAUCUACUUCCUGGCGUGCAUCAGUUUGAGACGCUGUUGGCUCAUUAUUUACCCGCUGCGCUACAGUGGCGCAAAAAGGUGGCGCGACAGGGGCUGGUGCGCGGUGGGCUGGUUUAUCGUAUGUAUUGGAUGCCUGCCUUUUCCCUUGCUGAGAAAGAACUCAACAACCAACUCGACUGACUCCAUCUGCUUCUCAGAGCUGCCGAUGGGUCCUCUGACCAUGGCCGGCGGAGUGACGCUCGUCACCCUGGCGGAGAUCACGGGUUUCCUGUUGCCGCUAGGCGUGGUGCUCACCUGCACGUGUUUAACCGCCGCCAGUUUGCGGGAAAAGAACUGCAUCUUGCAAGAUGCUGGAGAAAAGCGCAAAGCGCUCAAGAUGGUCCUGAGCUGCGCUUGUGUUUUCUUGGUCUGCUUCAUGCCGUACCACAUCACCUUCCCCUUGGACUUCUUGGCCAAGUCAAAGAUGAAAGUUAGCUGCACUUUUAGGAAGGCCAUCCUCCACUCCCACCCUAUAACCCUGUGCCUGGCCAGCUUCAACUCCUGCCUGGACCCGGUCAUGUACUACUUCACCACUGAUGAAUUCAAGCGGCGGCUCUCGAGACCGGAGCUGCCGGAAAGCUUCCACUUGCACAGAAGGAUUUCCUCGACGACGACCGAGGCCACGGCACUGCAGUCGGACUAUAAAGAAUGAGGGCAAAGACUUUGGGACGUACUGUAACUUUUUUAUUUUACUGUAGUCAUUGAUUUUGGAGGGUAUGACCCUCAAAAGCCUGCAGACUAAGCUUGAAAAUACAACCAAAUCAAUUCCAAAAAAAAAAAAAAGCUGGGAUGGUGUGUGAAAUAUACAGGGGUUGGACAAUGAAACUGAAUUCUGCCUUGAUUUGGGCAGCCGUGGUUUUAUGUUUUUUGGAUACAAUCCCUUUCAGACAGCUUCCUCUUACAGCGUCCACAGUUAAUCCUGUUGGAUGUGGUUGGUCCUUUUUGGUGGUAUGCUGACAUUACCCUGGAUACCGUGGCUCUUGAUGCAUCACAAAGACUUGCUGUCUUGGUCACAGAUGCUCCAGCAAGACGUGCACCAACAAUUUGUCCUCUUUUGAACUCUGGUAUGUCACCUAUAAUGUUGUGUGCAUUGCAAUUUAUUUAGAGCAGAACUGUGCUCUUACCCUGCUAAAUGAACCUUGUUUCAGUUUCAUUGUCCAACCCCUGUAAAUAAAAACAGAAUUCAGUGAUUUGCAAAUCUAACAGGCCCAUCAUUCAUUUACGAUAAAAAAAAAAUAGCACACAUAUCAGAUGCUGAAAGUGAGACAUUUUAAUGACGAUUAACAAAAUCAAUAUCAUACUGAAUAUCAUACCACCUGCUAGUGGAGGUGAUCUCAGUCUGGUCCUAAACAAACUCUGGAGCGGUUCUCUUGUGGUGAGAAUGUGAUCUGAUCUCGAUCCGACACAGCUACCAAAUAUACUUCUUUUUUUUUGAGGAGUUUUGAGCUAAACUGCUGAUAUGGAGCAGUUUAAUCUGAUGGAUUAGCCAGAUAAUGCUAAUAGCAUGGUACCAAUGCUAUGAACAAACGCUGUCCCUGCUGCUGCUCCAUGCUGUUUACACACUGAGCACUGAGCAUGUGCAUCAUUCACUGCUCUCAGCCGCAAGACCCAUUACAGUGUGUUUAAAAGCACAUAAUGCGCAUUUUGGUGUGUUUAGGUGUGUUUAUGCCUGUGUGAAAAUAAACCAAACAGAGGGAGGAACGCUCCAAAUAAACAAAUUCAUCAAAUGAUCCGGACCGUAGAAACUUUCACAACUACAGCUGUAAAAUAAACCUUAAUGCAGUUCCACCUGAGGGCCUGAAGAUCACCAGCAUCAAAUUCCUAAUUGAUUGUUGGCUUCUCUGAAACUUAUGAUGAUAUUAUGCACUUUUGAUGGUGGGGUUUUCAAGGUCAAGGGCUAUUUUAAUUUGAGGAACAUAUGGUACAAUUAUUUCAUAAUUUUUAUACUUUUUUUGCAUAUGGCUGAACUUUUGCCUCUCUAAAAUGCUCUUUUUACACUGUUUUUUUGUUUCUCUCAACUUUUUUUGAGAUGCGUUGAAAAAUAGUUUUUUUAUUUUGUGAAAUGGUAUGAAAUGUCCCACUUUUAACAUUUCAUAUGUGUAAAAUAUGGGUCUAUGAGAUUUGCCAAUCAUUGCUUUCUAUUUUUAUUUAUAUUUAAAAACAAUUCACAGCAUUUUCACACAUUUUUGGAUUUGGUGUUGUAUGUACAGUGUAUCUGUAUAAGUAGGGCACCUUAGAACCAUUACUUUUACUCCCUUUAGUCCCUUAAUCAUGGGAAAAAAAACCUGUGGAGAAGUAAGUUAUAUCUUAAGAUAUGAAUUACGAUGAUCUGUGCGCUGUGAACUCAGUAGUGUAUAAAACUGCAGAUAAAGAAUAUAUUUAUGAAUGAAUGAAAGGUCUGAAGUGGCCAAUGAUAUGAGUGUGUAUAGUAUAUAUAUAUAUAUAUAUAUGUACAAGAGCUUUUAAAGACUAUCAAAAACUAUGAAUUUAUGCCAAUGUGAACAUGAAAUCCAAAGAAAAAAGGAAAGAAAUGGAAAGAAAAGGUUCAGAGAGCCUCUUUUCUUGUGAAUAAGAUGAAAUUGAAUGUGAACACAUAAUAAAAUAUGAUUUGUGACCAAUAAAUACAGCACAUAAAUACAGCCUGAUCCAAAUACACACUAAUUUCUUAUCAAA